AUGGAAUACCUCCCUUUGCGCGACCUAGCGCACCUUCGCCGCAAGAGCUGGAGUCGAGAAGAGGUCAUCGAGAUCGCGAAGCAGGUGCUGAAGGCCCUCGCUUUCCUGCACGCCGCGCCGCAGAAUUUGUUACAUGGCAGCGUGAAGCCUCAUGGCAGCGUGAAGCCGACCAACAUCCUCCUCAAGUCGGAAGAACCGCUCCAUUGCAAGCUCACCGCCUUCAGCUUCACGAAACCCCCUUCUCCCAACCUUUCCCCCAGCGUCACUCGUAGCGUAUUCAGCGCACCCGAUCUCACACUGGAACCCAAGAGCGACAUCUGGUCACUGGGUGUCACGCUUAUGUGGUUACUGGGAAUCUUGCCAGAGAUGACGACAACGACUCCCAUGCCGCCCCAUGAGUGUCUCCCUAAGAUCAUGAGAAAGGUACAGUCGCUCCAGGAUUCUGACGUUCUGACGGAUCUGAUACGUUCCAUGGUCGUGGCACCUCCAAGCUUGAGGGCUUCGAGCUCCGAUUGUCUUCGCCUUCUCGAGCGUGCAAGUGGGAGAGAACAGACUCAUCCAUAA